GAGCAGAGGAAACACAAGCCGGACUCUGAGAGAGAAGCAGCUAAACGCUAAAGUUUCUCGAAUAAAAUGCAGUUUUGAACGAGCUUUUUCAGAUUCUCUCUCGCGCUGGUUUCGGUUCGCGGUUUCUGGAGUUUAUCAGAUCAUCAUGAGGAGGAUGAUCGUGUCUGCGCUGCUUCUGAGUCUCCUGCCCUUAGGGACUCUGUCUAUCCAGGUCACCCUCUCUGAGGCAGAGAAACGCACCACUCUCUUCGCUUCGGUCACGCUGCGCUGUGAUUACUCCACCUCCGUUUCGCUGCAGAACGUGGUGGUCACCUGGAGAUACAAGUCCUUCUGUAAAGACCCUGUUCUGGACUACUACUCCACAGCGUACCAGUCUUCCCUUCAGAUGGGUCGAGACCCUGCCAAUGACUGCGUGGAUUCACAACGCACCAUUCGGACCGUGGUUCAGAAACUGGGAUCCAGUGAGGCGGUGCUGGGCAACGAGUACAGAGAUCGUAAAAUAUACAUCCAGAACAAGGCUGAUUUGGUCAUCCAGGAGGUGAUGUGGUGGGAUAACGGGAUGUAUUUCUGUGCUGUGGAAGCACCUGGAGACACGGUCGGAGAUUCAGACCAAGAGAUGAAGCUCAUUGUUUACCAUUGGCUGACGGUUCUCCUCAUCGUCCUCGGAGCACUGAUGCUCAUCAUCCUCUUCUGUAUCUGCUGCUGUCAGUGCUGUCCUCAGAAGUGCUGCUGUUAUGUGCGGUGCCCCUGCUGCCCCGAGACCUGCUGCUGCCCCGCAAAACUGGUGAUGCAGCACCGGCUGAUGAAGGAGGCUCAGAAGGCCAUGAGCCCGUGGAUGAGCGGUCAGCCGAUCUACGCCCCGAUGAGUAACCACAGCUCCUCGUACCAGAUGAACCCCAUGCUGUACGCAGGCUCCGCUUCAGGUAAAGGUGGGAUGACGCCGGUUCCUCUGCCUCCUCCUCACAUGGCAGCGAUGCCUCCUCCUCACAUGGCAGGGAUGCCUCCUCCUCACAUGGCAGGGAUGCCUCCUCCCGGUGUUUCUGGUAACGGCAGCGCUCACGGGACGAGUCAGGUGCUGGACUAUCUGGAGAACCAGAUGCGGGGCAUGGACGUGUCCAGCCCUCUGCUCCAGCCGCAGCCCUCCAUCCCUCUGCAGCACCUUCCUCCUCCGCCUCAGCACAUGCCCCAGCGAGUGCCCUUCUCCGCGGGGCCCCCCAGCAUGCUCUCCGCUCUGGACGACGGCCCCAUGUCCCGCAGGGCCCCGCCAGGCUCUCGAGGGGCCCGCUCCAGCGGCUCGUCUCGGCACUAUCCUCGCCCAGCCGUCCAGCGCAGCUACAGUCAGGAGGACGUGCUGGACACUCGGAACCGGUCAGGAGCAUACCGGCCCCGCUCGCGCUCCAGAGACGACCUGCUAGGGGACGAGCGCCGGGGCCCCAGACGAGACGAUUACUCCCCACGGCCCCGCCGGGGCUCCUGGAGCUCAGCCGCUGAUGAGGACAGCAGACGAGGAGGAGCUCGAGGAGGAGGAGGCUGGAACGAUUAUCCUCCCAGCUACAGCGAGUACGAGCCGGGGAAGAAGCCGGGGAAACGGCCCGAGCGCUUCUCUGAUAAAAGCUCCCGGAGUGGCACCAGUAUAGUGAUCUGAUCCAGAACAUUGGAGACUCUCUCUCUCUCUCACACACACUCACACACACACACACACACACACACACACACACACACACACACACACACACAGAGUAUAGUGAUCUGAUCCAGAGCGCUGGAACACACUUCACCGAGAUCUCUCUGUUCAUGUGCACAGAACACAUUUAUUUUAUUGAACAUGUUUGAAGGAUGUUACACUGAACAGUGAUCUCUCUCUUUUUUUCUUUUUUUUAAGAUUUUGUGCAGAGCAUUUUAUAUUAAUGUGAAUAUCAAUAUCAUCUUCUAGUAAUGACAUUAGAGGAAGCUGUAUUUUUAAUAAUAUAGUUUUUUUUUUAGGUUGCUUGGGUUUUAGGAUUUAUCUGUAUAAAUAUAACUUCUUUUUGUUUCAGCAUAUUUAUUACUAUUCUGGGUUUAGUAAAGUAGCCACAUCAUAGGGAUAUAAUGUAACUCAAGAAACGUGUACGAGACUCUUGUUUGCACUGAAAAGCUUCUUCAUGGAUGAACUGUGAGCAUCAGUUCUUCAGUCUUUGGCUACAUAAACACAAGGAAUAACUUAUGCAGACCUCCAAUGUUUUAUUGAUCCAACUCAGGUCACGCUGUUUUUGGUUUUUCUGUAAAUAAUGUCUUUGUGUGUCUUUUAUAGAACUGCUUGCUGCAUCUGUUAAAAACAUUGAAACACUUUUGUUGCAUGUGAACUGAUGUCAGGGUUUGUUUCUGUUGUCUAAAUGUAAAGAACAGCCUGUUUAUUGAUAUGUUUAUGCAUCUCGUGUGCAGACCGUUUUCCAUCUGCAUAAAUAAAUCCUGAGGUCUGAUGUUCGUCAGUGCUUCUUAGGUCAAUAUCAUCCGUCGUCACAUGAUCUGUUCAAGCUUUCAGUGUUGAGUAAAGUGACUGAUUCUCUGA